UUAUAGUUUCCUUUUUUUAAAUUAAAGGCUCAGUUGUUCCUUUAAUUAGCUGCCAGUAGCAGCAAAUACUGCAUGUUCCCGAGAACAGCUUUGUUGGGCUAAAUAAGCAGCAGUUACUGUGUUCACAUGUCAGUGCACUGAUGUGGCACAUCUUUUUUUAAAUUAUUUUUUUUAUUUUUUUAAUACUUUGUCACCUUUAUUCACAUUUCCUCUUGCCACGUCUCUUCCUCAUUGGUCUUCGGUUAGUUUUCAUCAGCCGGUUUCUUUUGAACCAGACCUCGAUAGUUAUUUUGUAACAAGUGUUUCAACUGAAGUGUGUCGACAUUUUCUGAAGAAUUUUCAGCAACAUUGAUUUCUGUUCCCCUCUCACCGGUUUUCCACUCGAUCAAUAUGACACGGCGAUUUGGUACAUUCUGUGCACCACUGCAACAAAUCUAUCCAUCCAAAUCUGCACCAUAAACCAGUUUGUGAAAGACCUGAAGAAAAGUUUCUAAAAGCUUUUAGAAGCCGUGCUGAACAGAUUUCGAGGUGCUGUGAGUGCAACGUUUGGGUUUGUGUGUGAGGAAGUGCUGUGGUUGUGAGAUAAAGCACUUCCUGGUCCUUCGUGGCGCUCAUCAUCAUCAUCAUCAUCACAGCGACCGGCCGAGAGCGUCGACGGCUGCUAAUCCACCUCAGCGUGCACCUCACGUCGUCUGAUAAGGCUUUUAUCUCAGGUUUGGGAUGUUCAGAAGGACGUAAAAAUCUGGUGACUCGCGGGUGUUGAGCAGCCCUUCCUAUCAAUUGAGGCAUGCCUCGUUCUUUCUUGGUGAAGCGAGGAGGGCUGUACCACAUAGGGAAAAAGGCAGGGCCCCGAGACACUUCCCUGGAGUACCCCACAUCAGAAACACCAGCUUAUAAUGCAGUGCCCAACGCCUUGCUACUACACCACCUUCCUGCUGCGCCCGAGCACAUUCAGCCAUGCAGCCCCAAAUACUACGGCUGUAGAUCUGCUGAGCCAUGCAGUUCGGUCAUUGCAAAUGCCUUUAGCCUUGUGGAGAAGGUUGAGUCCCGCCCUCCUCCACCAGCGUUGUGGUCCGGACCUCGUGUGAUCUCCGGGUAUCCAGACGAACUGGGACUGGACGACUCCACGCAGCGCGAUCGCGUCCCGAAGAAGACCAGGAGCAGCAGCGGCUGCUUGAAGAUCGGCGCUCCGAGUCAGGCGUGUCCGCUCUGUGGCAAAAUAUUUUCGUGUCCGUCGAGUUUGAAGACCCACAUGUGCACGAAUCGUGGGGUCAGAGCAUCAGCACACAUCAAGUCCAGCAGGACGGACACUGAGUGGUCACCAUGCAGGGGCAAGGAGAGGACGUUCAACUGUGCCGUGUGCGGGAAAGUGUUCAAGCGCUCCUCCACCCUCUCCACUCAUCUGCUCAUACAUUCGGACACGAGGCCCUACCCCUGCCAGUACUGCGGGAAACGGUUCCACCAGAAGUCUGACAUGAAGAAGCACACUUUCAUACACACCGGCGAGAAGCCCCACGUGUGUCAGAUAUGUGGGAAGGCCUUCAGCCAGAGCUCCAACCUCAUCACCCACAGCCGCAAGCACGGGGGCGACCGGCCCUACAGCUGUCCCCGCUGCCCCUUCGGCUUCCAGCAGAAAGUGGACCUCCGGCAGCACCAGGAGCAGCACUGCACCUACCACUGACUCUCCCUCACACACACACACACACACACACACACACACACAGCGGAUCUCAUCUGCAGCCUUUUUUGAAAGAAACCAAACCGAUUUAUUCCCCCACACUUAUCCUAGGCUUGGACUUUUCAAUCUGGUCAGCAUCCCUCCCUGCCGUGGUCUCACCGUCGGAGAGAAAUCCCAAAAAAAGAGCAGUGGCAAACGUAUGCGUCUUCCUCACAAUGCAUUGUACAGUAGAUUAUAAGGUCAGGUUGUCCUGCUUAGCGGUUUCCUUUGGCACCUGCACCCUCCAUCCUCAUGAUGUCGCCCUAACCUGAGAAAUGUUUGUUCAGUUUAUGAGUUUUUUUUGGCUUUUUUAGCUUUAUUUUUAAUAAAUCCAAAAGUUAGAAUACACAUAGCUCUGCAACAUAGAUAACACAAUAGUGGUUGUAGCUUUUUAUGUCAUAAACCCCCCCAAAACUCAUCUAACUACGAAAGCGCCAUGCAUGUGCAGUCACACAAAUUUGAAUACAAUAGAAAUGUUUUAUGUUCAACUAUUGCACAAAUAUCUUGAUAGAGUGAAAAAAAAAUAUGGCAAGAAGUUCCAAUAAAAUCCUAAGAAACGAAUUUUUUCUUGUUUUCCGGCUGAUUCUUCCGGAGGGAGGGCCAGGUUAAGAGUUUAUAUGCCUAACGCGUUCCCAUCGUCUCCUCAUGGUCCACUCACACCUGAAAAUGAGAUUCUAAUCUUGACUAGUGAGCUCUCCUUUGUGUAUUUAAGAAAGAAAAGAAAGGGAGGAAUUAUUGUAGUGCAGCAGCAGCAAUGAGUAACUGUUCUAAAUACAGAAGCAUUAGCACAUCACUUAUUUCACCAUCUAGUGGACUUGGGCUAUUUUUUGAAAUGGUCACAGUAGAAAAAUAAUCUUUAAAUAUUGAUACUGAUUUUAUUAAGACUACAAUCAAGUUGAAAACAUGCACCAGACAGUUUAAUUAACAAACUUAGUGGGGAACCUUUUUCACAGAUGGAGCGACUCAUCCAGCUGGUCUCCAGGGAAGAACUUGAGCAAUUCCUUCAGAACACGUUACACAGGCUAUUUCUUUGCACCUUACAUGUGAUCUGGAUGAGCAGCUAGAAAAUAGAUGCGUAGUUCAUAUUCUGUGACUUCAUCACAAGGAAGGAUUGAUGUAUUUGUCACAGACAUGGAUAUUAUUUGAGGAGUGAUCCCAUAAAAACCUGAUGCUCCGGCAUUGAGUUAGUUAGUUGGCCACAGUAAAGCAACCUGUGUGUUGGUGACUUUUACACUAUAUUUCUUGCAUAUAUUUCUUG